GAGCUGCUGUCCGCCGGCUCGCGCUUCACCGUGUCCAAGGGCUCGCACCCGGUCCACUGCGUCAUCUUCACCUCGCUCUUCAUCGUCACCAACGUUAAAUAUCUGCAGGUCACACAGCUGCAGCAGAUCGCGCGGCUCGCGCUGCUCUUCAGCUUCACGUUCGCGUUGCUCUGUUGCCCGUUUCCUCUCGUGCUGGGUCACGGCACGCAGGGCGCGCAGGGGGCUGAGGCACCGAGCACAACACCUGAGCAGGGUGUCUGGCAGCUGAUGCUGGUUAUUUUCGUUGCCUACUCUCUGCUACCGGUCAGGACGCUCUUGGCGGUUUUGUUUGGCAUAUUGGUGGCUGCGUCGCAUUUCAUCUUGACGGCGACAUCUGUAACGGCGCGUAAUCCUCGCGUUUGGACACCGCUGGUAGCAAAUGCAGUGUUGCUGGUCGGCGUGAAUCUGUCGGGUGUGUUUGUUCGAGUCCUUACUGAGCGCGCCCAGAGGAAGGCCUUCCUACAGGCCAGAAACUGCAUCCAACAGCGCCUGCAACUAGAGGACGAGAACGAGAAACAGGAACGCCUUCUAAUGAGCCUGCUGCCCAGAAAUGUUGCCAUGGAAAUGAAGGAGGACUUCCUGAAGCCACCAGAAAGAAUCUUCCAUAAGAUAUACAUCCAACGACAUGACAAUGUCAGCAUCCUGUUUGCAGACAUUGUGGGCUUCACCAGUCUAGCUUCACAAUGCACGGCCCAGGAGCUGGUCAAACUGCUGAACGAGCUCUUUGGGAAGUUUGAUGAACUCGCUACUGAAAACCACUGCAGGAGGAUUAAGAUCUUAGGAGACUGUUAUUACUGUGUGUCCGGCCUGACCCAGCCCAAAGCGGACCAUGCUCACUGCUGUGUGGAGAUGGGUCUGGACAUGAUUGACACCAUCACGUCUGUUGUAGAGGCUACUGAGGUGGACCUGAACAUGCGUGUGGGUUUGCACACCGGCCGUGUGCUGUGUGGGGUUCUCGGGCUCCGCAAGUGGCAGUAUGACGUCUGGUCCAAUGACGUGACACUGGCCAACAUGAUGGAGGCAGGAGGACUGCCUGGGAAGGUUCAUAUCACCAGAGCAACACUGGAAUGUCUUAAUGGAGAUUAUGAGGUGGAGCCAGGAUUCGGCCAUGAGAGACACUCUUUCCUCAGUAAACACGCCAUCGAGACGUUCUUCAUCGUGCCAUCACACAGACGCAAGAUUCUUCCAGGGCUGAUCCUAUCAGACAUAAAGCCAGCGAAAAGGAUGAAGUUCAAGACCGUGUGUUACCUGCUGGUGCAGCUCAUGCACUGCAGAAAGAUGUUCAAGGCUGAGAUCCCUUUCUCCAACGUCAUGACCUGUGAGGAUGAUGACAAGAGACGAGCGCUGCGAACAGCUUCUGAGAAGCUGAGAAAUCGGACAUCAUUUUCGGCGGGCAUGGUGCAGAACUCUCCCGGGACCAGAGUGAACCGUUACAUCGGCCGUCUGAUAGAAGCACGACAGACGGAGUCUGAGACAGCAGACCUCAACUACAUUACCCUCACAUACAGGAGCAGAGAGAGAGAGCAGAGAUAUCAGCAAGUGUAUGACGAUGCCUUCAUCAGUGCGGUGGUUAUCUCGCUUGUCCUCACUUCAUUUUUUGCAGUGGUCUAUUUCCUCAUCUUUCCUCAAGGUCUUCUGGUUGUGAUUCUGCUGGUUCUCUGUUUAUGUUUCCACAUGGCAAGUGUGAUGUACCUUCACAUCACUCAUGUGCAGUGCUCUCCUGACUGUCUGACCCUGCAGAUCAGAAUGGUCCUGUGCGGGUUUCUGGUGCUGCUGAUGUACUCCGUGACCCAGGGGUGUGUGGUGGAAUGUGUUCCGUGGUCACUGGAGGGGAAUUCUAAUGUCUCCAUGGUGACAGUCGUCACAGUCAACAGGACCGGCGUGGGCUCCGGGGUGUGCAAAUACACUCCGUAUGUAUUUUUAUCAUGUGUGAUGGCGUCGCUCUCCGUGGCUCUGUACCUCCGUGUGUCAUCACUACCCAAGAUCCUCCUGCUUCUCCUUCUCAACAUCCUCCACACUGUCGUCAUGGAGACCAGCGGCUACCGGAAGGCCAUAGGAGGUGGAUUCUUUCACACACAUGGCUAUGACCCGGUUCUGGCAAUGCUGUUGUUUUCUGGAGCUCUAGUGCUUCACUGCAGACAACUGGACCUCAAACUCAGACUGGACUACCUCUGGGCCACCCAGUUCUAG